AUAUCAUUUCUUCACUGUCAGCAGGAAAUCCCCUCGGGCCACCGCAACGGAGGCAGCCUCUUCAUUGCCCUUCCGCUUCUUCCCUCCACCGGCCGCGUCGCUUCGUCACCUUCCCAAAACGAGCGCCAUCGCCAUUCCUAGGGUUGUUCUCUCUGGUGGGGCGGUUCGUGCGUAUAUAUAUAUACGAGCUCCGCCUCCAUGGACCGGCCGGAUCAGCUUCGCAUCUCGAAUCGCCACCGGUGGAGGAAGCGGCGGAACAGGGAGAGUAGCAGCACCGGGGAGCGCCCGCUCGGCGACUCGCGAGGCGUGGAGAAGACAUGACCAGCAGGAGCGGGAGCGGCGGUGGCGGCAGCGGCAGCGGCAGCAGGAACGGCGGCGGCGGCGGAGGCGGGAGUGGGAGCGGGAGCGGCAGGGGGCUGAAGCGCGUGUCGUGGCCUUCGGAUGAUAAGCUCCGUGAGUAUGAUACAGAAGAAAUGAAGAGGAGUAGCAGGGCCGGCGAAUCAAAGCGCGUGUCCCGGUGGUCUUCGGAUGACAAGCAUCGUCAGUUUGAUGCGGAGAAUAUGAAGAGGAGUAGCAGGGCCGGGGAAUCAAAGCGCGUGUCCCGGUGGUCUUCGGAUGAUGAGCAUCGCCAGUGUGAUGCAGAAGACAUGAGGAGGAGUAGCAGGGCUGGGGGAUCGAAGCCCGUGUCGCGGGCUUCGGAUGAUAAGCAUCAUCAGAUAUCGGAUUUGAAUGGUGCGAAAUUAGACGCCGUGCCGCAGGUAUAUGGAGACAGCCAUCCGGCAAAACAUUCAAGAGAGCAUAUUCAUAUCCCUUGCAUUCGGUGGACUUGCCCUCCCAAGUUCACUGUGAGUAGCAACUGGCGUGUUGCCGCUGGUGAAGAAAGUGAAGAGGCGGGAGCUGAACACGGUAGAGCAUUCAAAGUGCUUGAGUCGUUUUACCCACGCCCAACAUAUAUACCAUCUAACCCAUUUGAACCCCCUAAUGUAAAGCAGGAAGACUAUGAUGAUAGUCUCACGCCAAUCAUUCCCAUUAUUGGCGUUGAAGAGAUGGACAUUGUUUCUGAAACUCCUUCCUUGGAACCUCUGGUAGAUGAAUCAGAAAAUAAAACUUCACUUGAUGAGAAUCAGACGACAGGUUCAGGAGCUGAGACUAUAUCUGCUGGAGAUGUGAGGAUAUCUGCUGGAGAUGUCGAGUUAGCUGCUGCUGCAGCGGCGAUAUUUUUCAGUGUCCUUGUGAAGAGCACUGAGCAGGGAAAUAUAAUUGACCUCGAUCUGCUCGUCAAGUUCCUCUUUGAUCCUCAAACGAUUGGAAAGUUUAUGAAGAGUAAAACUCCAUCGCCUGAGUCAAAGCAAGCUAGUCCCCAAAAUUCUCAAUCAAGCCCUCCACUUUCUCAACCAGAGACACAGCAGACAACUCUUUCACUUCCCAUGUCAAGCCCAGAACUUCCCCCGACCGAGUCAAAGCAAAUUGUCUGCCAACUCCCCUGUUGGGACCGGAAGUUUUGCUGUCCGAGUCGAAACAAAUGUGCCCACCAAACCUUCCAUCGAACUCAGAGGAAAAAAGUUCUGUUCCUGUAUCAGAGGAAAAAAGUUCACCGGCACCUACGUCAAGCCCCAAUUUGUCGUGCUCCGAUUCAAAGAAAGUUCAACAACCGACUUCCCCAGCAAGCCCCAGAAUUGUGCUACCUGAGUCACAACAUAUUCAUCCAUCAACCCCUUUGUCAAGCCCUGAGGCUUCCCAAUCUGUUACCAAAAAUAUACAUCCAUCGAUUGCCGUUUCAGUCCCGAAACAGUUGCCAACCGAAUCAAAGCCAGAAACUCCAAUUCCUCUAUCAAGCCCUGAGCUUUCACUACCUCAACCCAUGCAAACAAGUCCACCAAAUCCCGUGUCAAGCUAUGAGCUGUCGUUUGAACCAAAGCGGAUAACUCCCCCAGUUCGUCCUUCUCAGAAAAUUCUG